AUGUAUCGGGCCGCGGUCAGUCUCAAGCGUAAAUUUGGAGGACCACAAACGUAUGCGAAGCCUAGACCUGUUUCUCCACCAUGUCUCACUGGCAGAGAGAAUCCUUUUGUGGAAAAUAUUGUCGAAGACGAAGGGGCACCCUCAGAUAUCCAGAUGGAAUUAGAAGUUCCACAAGGCCGAGAUUUCGAGAUAACAGCAAAAAGUGUUCGACGAAUUGAAAGCAGCGAACGAUCGACGCCAAUACGUGACUUGUGCGUACCAGGACGUGACGCCUGCAUAUCUGUGGACAACUGUGUCAAGUUUUGGCAAAUUCAGGCGAAUCCGCCCUUCAAAAAGCUGGAUCUCACAAAUUUAUGUUCCUUGAACCGUUUUUUAUUCCAGAGGAUGACGGAACCUGCCGACCAAAUCAAAAGCUACUCCAUCCGCCUAAACCAAAACGCUGGACGGGAUGAAGAGUUGCUCAAUCUACCAGAAGAAAUAGAAAGGAUCCUUAGAGACUUCGGUGAAGACAUGAUGGGGUUCGGGCACGAGGAGUUAGACCAAUGGAGACCUGGACUUGAAUCAGUCUUUAUUUUACAGAAACCUUGGAGAUACCGAAAAGGAAAGGAUGGAAGCGCUGGCUGA